AUGCCGUCCAUUCUGACCGAUGCGGAUAAGGAAACCGUGAAGAGAACGGUUCCCAAGCCCGGUAACAAGAUUCUUGCCGUCGGUGUCGCGCGACUCUACGUUGCCCACCCUAGCACCCAAAAAUGGACAUACACAGGGCUGCAGGGUGCUGCUGUUCUUGCCAAUGACUUGGUCGGUCACACUUUCUGGCUCAAGCUUGUCGAUGUCUCUCCCGCGAGCCGCGGAGUUAUAUGGGAUCAAGAAGUCUACGAGGGCUUCUAUUACAACCAAGACCGUGUUUUCUUCCACACUUUCGAGUUAGAAGAAUGUCCGGCUGCCCUGUCGUUUGCCGACGAGAAGGAGGCAAAAACGUUCAUGAAAAAGAUGCAUGAGCGUGAGAAAAGCGCAAGCAAAGAAACGAAGGCGACCCCGUUCUCCUCCACUCGCGGGCAAGGACCGGCUCCAGUAUCGAAUGGGAAACCGGGUCGCUCACUCUUUGGAGGCCUGCUGGGUCGAAGUUCAUCCACUGCUGCACCAGUUGCGCCUCCGACUGCCCCUCCGAGUGCGCCUCUGAUUGCUCCUCCAAGUGCCCCUCCAAGUGCUCCUCCAAGUGCUCCUCCGCCUGUUACAGCUCCAAGACAACCUUCGCCAGCUCCGAUCCUAGCUCCCACGCCGGCGCCCAAAACUUCGUCAUUGGAUCUUACUGACCCAGCUAUUCAAGGCGUGCUAGCGGAGUUACGGGGAAUGGGCAUUACAGAAGACCAAAUCCAAGACAACGAAGAUUUCAUCAAAUCCUACAUUCAGAAACAGGCCGAUAGCGCCGAUGGGGCUGCAGCUUCUGCAGAAGACGAUCGAAAAGUUAAAGCACCCCCGCCGCCUCCUCCAGCAGCGCCGCCAGCUCCAAAGGCUUCUGCAAUCAGUCCUCAGAAUACUGGUGGCAGUGGUGGUCGGCGCGGUCCUCCUCCACGACCGCCUCCAUCGCGCCGACGACCAGAUGCGUCUCCAACGCUGCAAGAACCUGAAGCCCCUGCUCCUCCGCCGCCUCGAGAACCUUCACCACCUCGGCCAAGAUUCCGAGCACCACCGCCAAUUGCAGAUGCUGGUAAAUUUGCUCAGCCUGUGACUGCACCGGGCCGGCCACGAGCCUCAUCCAGUGUUACACCUGGUCCUCCUCCGCCUCCGCGACCACCAAAAACCCCGUUGGAACAUUCCCAGUCUCCGCCUCCGCCUCCAAGACCACACGGUGUUCCUCCUCCAUUCCAAGGGGACCGCAAAGUCUCAGCGCCGCCGGCACCUCCUAGCCGCAGUCCGGCCCAUGCACCACCUCCUCCGCCACCUCGCGAUAAUAGUCCGCAGCUCAGAAACUCGUAUGGAGCAGCUUCCCCUAUUCCUCCUCCACCUCCAGCACGAGUUCCGGUGUCUCCUCCCCCCCCUCCUUCGGCUUCUCGUCCAGUACCGCCUCCACCGCCUCCUCCAUCCUCAGGAGCUCCACCACCUCCGCCACCUCCGCCUCCAUCUUCAGGAGCACCAGUACCGCCGCCGCCGCCGCCGCCUCCUCCAUCUUCCGGGGCACCACCCCCUCCCCCUCCACCACCACCUCCUUCUACAGGAGCUCCUCCGCCUCCUCCUCCACCCCCUCCGGGUGGAUCGGGCCCUCCCGCACCUCCUCCGCCGCCAGGAGGACCAGCUCCGCCACCUCUGCCAUCAGGUGGCGAUGGACGAGACGGUUUGCUUGCGGCCAUUCGUGCCUCUGGUGGAGGUGGGUUGCGAAGGGUCAACGCUUCUGAAAAGCGUGACCGAAGUGCCGCAGCGGUUCCUGGUGGAGCUAGUGAUACACCAGCUGUGUCAACACCUGGUGCUGGUCCUGGUGGUGGUGGUCUCGCAGACGCCCUUCAGGGUGCGUUGGCUAAACGAAAACAAAAAGUCAGCGGCAGUGACGACGAGAAGGAUGACGAUGAUGACUGGUAA